CCGGUGACGAUGCAGGUGGUGUACGAUGUCGGGUCGUGGCGCAUCACAGAGGAGGGCCGCGUGUUCCGUCGCGGCAAGUUGCGCUUUGCCAAUGGAGACUUGUACGAUGGGGAAUGGGUGGACGGCAAGCGACAUGGCCAAGGCACGUUUACAUACCACGACGGGCUACAGUACCGAGGCGAGUUUGCAGCCAACUUGUUUGAGGGGUUUGGCGUCCUCGUGGCGGUGGAUCAAAAGCACCCGAUCACGGGUGUGUGGGUCAAGGGAUCGACUUACGAAGGCGAGUUCCGCGGCGGCAAGAAACACGGCAAGGGGCUGAUGGUGUUUGGCGAAGGGGGGUCGUACGACGGCAUGUUUGCCGACAAUGUCUUUAGCGGACGGGGUGUGCGGAGUUAUGCCAACGGCGACCGCUUCGACGGCGAGUGGAAGCACGGAAUGUGGUGGGGUAUGGGCCACCUCUGCCGUGUCGAUGGCGAGUCGUAUGUGGGCGAAUGCAAGCGCAACCUUUUUCACACGACGUCCCUUAUGGGCGGAGUCGGCAGACGGACGUUCCGGGGGGGAGCUGGAUCCUACGAGGGGGGGUAUCGCCAUGGUCUUCAACAUGGCAAGGGGCUGCGGGUGUUUGCCGACGGCUCAACCUACGAAGGCGACUGGACGGACAACAUCAUGCAAGGGAGUGGUGUGUGGACUACUGCUGCGUUCACGUACAUUGGCGACUUUGCACACGGUCGACCCCAUGGCCAUGGCUUGUUUACGUUUACAAAUGGCGACGUAUAUGAAGGAUCUAUGCGGGACGGAUACUUUUAUGGCCGUGGAAAGUUCACAUUCAAAGAUGGCAGUUGGUACGACGGCGAGUACGAGGCAACCACUAAUGCUUCAUGUACAACGUUGAAGACGAAGAAGACACUGCCGCUUCCGAAUGGCCUUAAACAUGGAAAAGGAAGGCGACGGUGGGUGAAUGGCAACGAGUACGACGGGGAUUGGCUCGACGAUGCCAUGCAUGGACAAGGCGUCCUCCAGUCCACCUUGACCACCAACGGAAAUGCAUUGCGCAUGGAGUAUGACGGAGCGUUUGAAUAUGGACGGCCCAGCGGGUAUGGCACUUUGCGCGCUUGGAACCCUGAUGGCAUUCGCAUGGAGUUCCCGGCUGGGAGCGGCAAUUGGUACGGCGGAAGAGGCUCGUGCACAUACACGGGCAUGUUUGCCAAUGGAACGUUCCACGGCCAAGGCACACUCGUCACAUGCGACGGUCGACGUUACGAAGGAGCGUGGCAUGCCGGCAAGCGUCAUGGUCAAGGCCGCGCCGACUUGAUUCCUCUAGCCGAGCGCGGGGACGAGGCACGUAUGCACAUGAAGGGAUGCAACUCCCUCUAUCGAUUUGCCUCGUACGAUGGUAUGCACGAGAACGACAAGAGGCAAGGCUUUGGGACGUCGUACUACAGUAACGGCGAAGGCAUCGAAGGGACGUUCAAGGACGGCCAAGUCGACGGUGUCGCGACGUACAUCUACAUGUCUGGGAAGCGAAGACGCGGAAUGUGGAUCAUGGGUCAACGAGUGUCGUGGAUGAGCGAGGAAGAUGAGGCCACGUGGGCCACCGUCGACAAAGCCAUGGGUUUGGCGGCAAGUCGGCGGCGAAGUACAAACGGCGAUCUUGUGUUAUCUUCCAUUUGAUUGGUUAACAUGAAAUUAUUUUCUAUGAUUGGCUAAAAUACAAGAAAC